UGUUGAAACUCUAACAUUUGGCACGAUGGUAUUCAUGAUCGAUGAGGAUUGUUUGAUAUGAUUCGCAUUGUUGAUUGAUCUUAUAAUUUUUAUCAUAAAAUAAAGAUUGAACGUGAAAAAUGUUUUUUUUAUGUGAAAGAAGUUGUAUCUUGUCGAUCGUACGAUCUUUUAAUUGCUGUUACAUCGUGAGUUUUGAAAAUUUGAAUGAAACUCGACGAACAUAACCUAUAGAAAUUAUACUUAUGCCUGCUUCUGUAUAUAAGCUUAUUCUUAUAGUUAAAAAAUUAUUCAAUCCUCCAAAAUGUUGGAAGGACUUGUUGCUUGGGUAUUAAAUAAUUACCUGGGGAAAUAUGUUGAAAAUUUAAAUACUGAUCAAUUGAGCAUCGCUUUAUUGUCUGGUGAAGUUGAAUUGGAAAAUUUACCAUUAAAAAAAGAAGCCUUACGUCAUAUUGGAUUACCAGUAGAAAUAAAAGCAGGAUUUAUUGGUAAAAUAAGAUUGCAAGUACCAGUUCGUCAAAUAAGAACAGCUUCAUGGGUCAUAGUGAUAGAACAAUUAUAUUUAGUAGCUGGACCAAUUAGUUUGAAUGAAUUUGAUAGUGAAGCAGAGGAACAAGCAAUUUUAGAAUAUAAAUUAAGCCGAUUAGAUUCAUUAGAAGCAAGAUGGAGAGCAGAUACAGAACGAGAUCCUGGUUAUUAUGCUACUAGUUAUAGUUCUUGGGUGAAUUAUGGUACAUCUUUAGUUACCAAUAUUAUUGAAAAUUUACAACUUAAUAUUAAAGAUGUUCACAUAAGAUAUGAAGAUGGAGUAACAUUGCCAGAUAAUACUGGCAUUGCACUUGGUGUAACUAUUGGAGCUUUAACUGCACAAAGUUGUGAUGCUAGUUGGAUACCUGGUUCUACUUCCUGGAAUCUCACAGAUGCUUCUUUCAAGCUCAUGGAACUUGACAGGCUUUCUAUUUAUUGGAAUCAUUUGAAAAAAGACGAAUUUCUUGGUUUUCUCAAUCUUGGUGAUUUAGCUAUUGCAAUGAGUGAACCAAAAAAUAUAAUAAAAAAUCUCAUUUUAUUGCCUGUUAAUGCAAGAGCUCAUGUCAAAAGAGAUAGAUCUGAACGACCAUUAAGAUCUACAAAUAAACCUAGAAUAAUCGUCGAUCUUUUAUUAGAUGAUGUUCCACUAUGUCUUACUGAUAUACAAUAUGAUCAAAUAGUUAAAUGUAUAAAAGGUUUAAAAGAUAUAGAGCGUCGUAAGCAACAGAGAUGCUGUCGUCCAAUAGUUAAUGUGUCCACUGCACCAAAAGAAUGGUGGAAAUAUGCAGUAAGAUGUCAUAUUGGCAAAGAUGCUUUGAGACCUAAACUAUCAUGGAAAGAUAUUCUUCAAAAAGGCAAAGAAAAUAUUUUAUAUGUGGAAAAUUAUGCUAAAUUGCUAGGAACACCAACUAAUGUUUUAUCUCCAGAUAUCAAACAGUUUAAAGAAAAGAUAGAACAAGAACGAAGUUUUGACGAAUUGAGAAUAUUAAGAGAAAUAGCAAUGCAAAGGAUUAAACCACCAAAAAUAAUUCAAAAUUCUAAUGUAAAUGUGCCUCAACCUAGAGGAAUGUUAGAACAGUGGUUUCCACAAUGGUGGGGAUGGUAUUCAAAAACUUCAAAUACAAAUACUCAGAGUACAUCUUCUACAUUUGAUGGUGAACUUUUGGAUGUUUUGGCAGAUACUAUAGAUGAUGACACUUUAUUACGUCGAGAUACAGUAUUUGGACAGUUUAAUUUUACUUUGUCUAAAGGCACUUUUUCUCUUUGUACUAUGAAAAACAAUGAGAACACGAAAGCAAUAAUAGAAUUGCAAUUCGAACGAGUAAAUUUGAGUUAUGAUUCGAGACCUAGGUAUGGAUCUCACAAGUUUUUCAUUAGUUUGGGAGCAUUAUAUCUUCAUGACUAUCUCACAGAAAAUUCCACUUUUCCUAUUUUGAUACAACCUCAAAUGAUUCCUACAGUAAAUUCAAGGAUACGGAGUUCUGCGGAGAAGUUAACUACUCAAUUACCUCAAUAUCUCUUUGAAAUGACUUAUGAGAAAAGACCAUUGCACUUAAAUGCUGAUCAUUUGCUGCAGGUGAACUCUAAGUCUUUGGAUGUAGUUUAUAAUCCCACAGUAAUACAUUGGCUUAUAGAUUUCAUAUGCAAGCCUCAUAGAUCAUCUUCCAAUCAAAGAUUUCAAGCAAUGAAACGUCGAACUCGAAGACAGCUUAUCAAAAACUGGGAACAAAUUUUAGAUGGAGAUUUGGUGUAUCGUUCUUCCUGGGAUUUACAGUUCAAUAUAUCUGCACCACAAAUUUUAUUAGUUGAAAAUUUUAUCGAUUCCAAUGCUGCAGUAGUAGUCGUAGAUUUUGGAAAACUUCACUUAUCAAAUAAUGUACAAAAUAAUGAAGUAAUUAUUAAAUCUAAUUCUUCUGAACUUAAUAGCGACGACGAAGAUGAAAGAUUUGAGACACCUUGUUCUACACCACCUGGAAGUCAAGAAAAUGGUUCCAUACAAGAUUUCCAAACUAUUUCUGAAACAGCAUUGCAUCAGAAAUUAUAUGAUCAUUAUUCUAUUGACUUAAUAGAUUUACAAAUUCUUGUAGGAAAGGUAAAAGACAAUUGGAAGCACGUACGAACUAGAGGAAUGUCCAGCUUACAUGUUUUGGAACGUUUUAAUAUAUCCUUACAAAUUGAACGAAGAGUGUUCGCUUCUUCUGAUCCGAAUUUACCAUCUGUAACAGCAUCUGGGAAUCUACCAAGACUAGUAGUACAUGUUAAUGAACAAAAAGUGGAAGCAAUUAGACUGAUAUAUAAUUUAUUAUCUAAUUUUACGAAAUCCACUGGUAUUUCUCAGACUGAUGUAAUUAAUAUAGAACCAGAGAGUCCUAAAAAAGAAGAUAAUCUAGAUAAAUCUUUAAGUUAUGCAAUGAUGGUACAAUUUAUCAUUGAUCAAAUGACUUUUGAAUUGCAAUCUAGAGGACGUAGUGUGGCAGAAUUACAAGUCUCUGGAGUUCGUGCUGCUUUUAGUAAAAGAACUGCAGACAUUAGUAUCUCUCUAUCUGUUCAUGGUUUACUUCUUGUUGAUGCUCUUCAAGAAUUUGGUCCUGAUUUUGAAUUAUUAGUGGCUAGUCACAAGCAUGUAGGAAUGGAUAGUAUUUCUGGAAGUUUAAGAGAUUCAGAACCAACAUCUCCUGUCUCUCCAGUCUCUCCUGGUUCUCCUGAUCUUAAUAUGCCAAGAAGAUUAACUUCUCCAAUUGCUUUGACUAAUGCUUUAUCUAAUCUAGCAAGCAAAGCAAAAAAUGCUCAAUCUCCUAGAAAUAAUUCUUUAAUUGAACUGGAUAAAAUGGAUUCUGAAGCUCUGAUUGUAAUUGAAUUGACCGUGGUAUAUGAUACAUUAGAAAUUCUAAGAGUAGCCAAUAUUCAAUUUAAUAACUUGGAUAUUAUUGCCAAUCAAGAAACCAUUGUAGAACUUAUGGGAUUUUUUAAAAGAAUAUUUCCUUCUCGUAAAAUAAAAGCAGGAUAUAUUGAAAAACAAGAGUCUUUUUCUAAUCAAACUAUAGAGCUAAAAAUUUCGACUAGAACAGAGAUAACUUUCGAUUUUCAUAGAUUAAAUGUACUUCUUUUAAGAGCAGUGAUGCAGGAUAAUCAUUUAGUAGGUCAAAAAAUUGCCACAGCUACAAUGUGUGAUGCUCGUAUACAAGCUACUUUGGCGAUAAAUGCUUUCAUUUCUGGUUCACUUGGAGGCUUACAAAUUUUGGAUCAAACAUUAAUUGGUAAAACACAUCAAAGAAUCGUUAGUGUUGGAAGAGAUCCAAUAGCUGAUCCAUCUCAACAUUCAUUGGAAUAUUUCACUGGUUUUCCUGAUCAACCAGAAGCUUUACGGUUCUCAGCCAAUAGAUGUACCAAAUUAAAUACACAGCAACAUGACGGAAUGGAAACUUUAAUAGAUUUAACCAUCCGUAUAGGUAGUGUUUGGUAUACUCAUGCUCCUCAUUUAUUAUCAGAAUUACGUUCCUGUGCCGAUGAGUUCAAACAAUAUUUGAGUAAUCUUGCAAGACAAAUCAGUGCAGCUGCCACAGAUAUGGCUAUAGGUCUAGUCAAUGCAGAAGAUUGGUCUAUUCCACCUCGUAGACGUUUACCAAGUUUGUCUAUGGACUUAGAAAAUUCAGGGAGCUUAUCUUUAAAAUUAGAUAUCCUGUUAAAUAGUCCCGUUUUAGUAAUUCCACGUUCAUCUCAUAGUAGACAAGUUUUUGUUGCACAUCUUGGUACUAUGUCUUUGCAACACGAACCUCACUCAACUUCCAUGGCAAAACAUAAAUUAACUCUGGAAGUUAGGGAAAUGAAUUUAUAUUCAUUAGAGAUAUCUGCCAAUAUUGGACAAAUUCAUAAUAAUCUUCCUUUAAGAGCUGAAGAAAUUUAUUGCUGUAAGGAAUCAGGCAAACCAAUCUUACAUGAUACUAUCUUAAAAAUUGUGGUUGAAAAGGAGAACACAUUAGCACAAAGUCCUAGUUUUUUGCUUGAUAAUGAAUUUUCUAACAAUCCAGUUGUUCAAGUCCAUGGAAUCAUGAUGACGCCACUGAAAGUAUCUUUGUCUCGAGAACAGUAUGAACAAUUACUAGAUACUACAAAUAGACUUUUUUCCAUGCCAGUUACAGUACCGGUUGUUCAGAAAUCUGAAACAAUGAGUAAAGUAUCAAAUUAUUCUGAUAAACUCGAUCUCUCUAUUAAAGUUCUAUUUGAACUACCAACUUUAGGUGUAGAACUGAAACAAGGUCUUCAGGAACAGCCUCUAGUUGAAUUAUCCAUGAGAGAUUUCGUAGUAAAAUAUGAGAAAUUACAAAAAAAUGAAUCUACAAUCCAAGUUGCAUUACGAUCUCUUCUUAUGGAAGAUCUUUUGUGUCCUAUUGGCUCAAGACAUCGAUGUAUGAUGCAAUCUUCAGCGCCAACUCGUGCUAAACUUCCAGCUGGUGUUUCUAAAUCCUGUCCUAACUUUGCAUUUGUACAACAAAUUAGAAGCGAAUUUGGACGUGGGAGUUUACCUGAUAGAUUGGAAACUGAUACUUUAUAUGGAACAAUUCCUGCCCAUUGGCGUAGGAAACCAAUUUCUUUAGCAAACACUCCAAAUACUCCACCUCCAUCACCUGGUGCAUCAACCACUGAAGAGAAUUUGGUAUUAAUGAGCAUUACUAUAAUUGAACCAGAUUGUCAUCAAUCAAUGAAAGAUCAAUUUCAUCAAAAAAUUGUCACUGUCGAUUUUAGUUGCCUGGAUUUAAUCAUCAAUGUUGAAUCCUGGAUGGUGGUAUUUGAUUUUUUUGGAUUUGCUGGUCCCUCAGGAAUUAAUCCAAAAGUUACUAUGCACCAGGCUUCUAUUGACAUAGAUCAAUUAGAUAAAACAGAUAAUUUACCUUUGCGUUCAGAAACUGAAAUAGAAGUUAGAUCUUUAACAUUGGUUUUGAUACAAUCUGAGAAAGAAAUUGCUAAAGCUAAUGUAUCCAAUGCUAAUAUGCAUAUUUUGAAAGCAAAUGGAAAAACGAAAGUAUCAGGAUCUUUGGGAUCAAUGUCUUUAUUAGACUUAACUCCUCAUGGAAGAUUUUAUAGAGAAAGAUUUCUUUCAUCUGGUAGAAAAGCUCUGAAUUUUCAGUAUUCUAGUUAUGUAGAUUCUGAAAAACGACCUUACGAUGCUCAAUUAAAAUUAGAAAUGUCUGCAGUACAUUAUGUACACACUCAAAGAUUUAUAGCAGAACUUCAAGCAUUCUUUAGUCAUUUUUCUCAACUUUGGACUAUUAUGGCUAAUUUGAGAGCUGGAGUUGGAGCUAUAAUUGACACCAACAAAAGAAGCAUGAGAUUAUCUUUAGAACUAAAAGCUGGCGCACCAGUAAUUCUAUUGCCAGUUAGUUCUAGAUCAGACGAAAUGAUAUUAUUGGAUUUGGGAGAGCUUACUGCUUAUAAUAGAUUUGAAGUUUCAGAAAUAAUAAAUCAAUGCAUGUUAGAUAUAAUGUUUCUUGAAUUAGUUAAUAUGGAUAUUUAUGCAGCUAAACGAAUAAAAUGUGAUGAUCAAGAUAACGAUAUGGAUACUAUAGUUGUUGGAGGUUUUCAUAUUAAGAAACUUGGAUCAUCUUUACUUACUGAAAUGUGUCAUUUGAAAUUACGCAUUGAAAGAAAUUUAGAUAUUUAUAUUAGUAGAGAGAUUCCUGAUUUGAGCAUUCAUGGAACACUAUCUACAAUGGAUUGUGCUUUGGAUCCUGCUCAAUACAUGCUAAUUCGAGGUUUACUUUCUUAUAACAUUGGAGAAAAUUUAGAUGAUUUGCGUCAGUUUAUGCAAGAUUUAAACGAAACUAUUGAAUAUUCCAUAGUUAAUCUGGAUAAUAAGGAGAAAAUUUGGAAAAAAUCAUGCAUAACUUUGGAAUUAGUAAAUGUUACUGUAAAACUGCAUCCAAAUCAUAAUAUUGCAGCUUUAGCUUGUGUUAAUUUCAUAAAAUCCAGGCUGACGUUAGAUUCAUUGAGUGAUGGAUCACAAGAUAUUGACUUAGUAUCUCAAGAAAUAUUAAUUAUGGAUAUGAGAUUUCAGGAUGAACCUACUAACAAACAAUCUAAUGUUUUCACGAGUAUUUUACAGCCUCUAAGAAAUUCUAAAAAUGAAAAUCGUGUUCAAGCUGAAGUGCACCAUAGAAGACGUAAAACAAAUGCAGCUACGACUAUUCUAGUUCAUAGCAUGCGUUUAACUGCUAUUUUAGAUUGGUGGGAGGCUGUAAGAGAUUUUUUAAUGUUGAAUUCUAUUGAACCAGAACCCAUUCUUGGAAUUGUACAAAUAAAUACUGAAAACAAUCAAGAAAAUGAGAAUAACGCUUUAAGUGUGACUCCAUUUGAAUUAAAAAUCAAUAUUACUGAUUCAGAAUUAGUUAUUGUAGAAAAUACAUCAAUUCGUGAUACAAAUGCUGUUAUUCUGAAAAAUACAGCUGUUCUUUCUUAUAGAUCUAUACCUCAAGAAGGUGAAAAACCUCUUUCUUGUAAUCUCUCUCAUUGCGAAUUGUUUUCUUGUAUUUUAGGAUUAGAAGAAGAGACUGCAUUAUCUAUAAUAGAUCCUGUUGGAGCUAGUUUGGAUCUAACAUUAGAUAAAUGCUUAGAAAUACAGUUACAACCUUUAUGUGUAAGAUUAAGUUACCAUGAUGUGACUAUGUUUUCCAGAAUGCUUAGUUCUUUACCAAAACAAACUCUAGUAGCUAAACAACGUUCCAAUGAAGUAUUGACACCUAUUGAAAAACAAGUACAGAAGUUAAUGGCUCUUGGAUUUACCAAUGCUGAUUGUAAAGCUGCUUUGAAUCUCUGUAAAGGUCAAUUAGAUGAAGCAGCUUUGUGGUUAACACAAAAUGCAGUACCUUAUUCAGAUAUUAAUACAAAUAACGAAUCUGUUUUUCAUGUUAUUGAAUUACAAACAUCUUGUGCAAGAAUAUGCAUCAUAGAUGAUUGUAGAGAUGCUGAUGUACCAUUACUGGAGAUUUCUUUACUGGAUCUCAAUUUGAGACAACAACGCAUAGGACCUGGUAUAAUAUCUGCUACUUUUAAUAUUGAUUAUUAUAAUAGAGUACUCAGUGGUUGGGAACCCUUUAUUGAACCUUGGCGUGCUACUAUCCAAUGGGAGCAGACAUUAACUAAUUCUCUUAAUGCAAAGAGAUUGCAAAUGUCUAUUGAUUCUCAAGAUUCUGUUGAUGUUAAUAUAACUUCAACAUUGAUAGAAUUAAUAGAAUUGGUUAAAAACAAUUGGAUGCAAGAUUUUUAUUUAAUUUCCAAUAAGGAUGUUAAUGUAAAUAAGCCAAGUAAUGGACAAGCAUAUAAGCGUCGAAUGCCUUUCAUUCCUUUUGCAUUAAAAAAUGAAACAGGUUGUAAAUUAUGGUUUAAAACGAUUAUUGCUGCUGCAGAUGAUACCAAAAAUUUAGGACAAAAUUUCAAGGCUAAAAAUGACUUUAAGAAAGAUGAUACAUGGCUUGAAGUUCCUCCAGGUGAAACUGUUCCAUUUACUUUUGAAGGAAGAGGUAAAUUAAGACAUCAUGCCACACAUACUGUCAGACGGCAUCAGAUCACAGUAUUGGUGGAUGGAUGGAGACCUGUAGAUCCUGUUACAGUCGAUCGUGUUGGAAUAUAUUUUCGUCAUGCAAGUACAAAUAUCACUGGAAUACAAAUAGAUACAACAUUGUUUCAGAUGCUAAUGCCAAAGGCUAGAAUAGUAUUUGCUGUUGAAUUAGAGGGAUCAGCUAGAAAAUUAGUAACUGUUAGAUCAGCUUUACAAAUAUUUAAUAAAUUAAAACACACAGUGGAAAUCAAAAUGGAGAAAUCUUUAAAUCAACUUGGAUAUUUGCCUUUAAAUUUGUCUGUUAGCGACAGAAUUCUUCAAGUACCUGCACAAUCUACGAUAUCAGUCCCCUUAACGCACACUGGUGUACAAAUGUGUCUGAGACCUAUUAAUUUGAACAAUUUGUUUCAAUACUGUACUGAAACAAUAGAUUGGACUGUAGUAAAGAAGCCAUUAGAAGUUAUAGAGAAUCGUAUCACAUGUAGAGCUAAUCAUAAUAAUAUAUUUAAAAUGUGUAUAGCAAUGAUGAGAGAUAAUUAUCCAUUAGAUAUGAGUCAAAUGUUGCCAGCACAUAUUAUAACAUUGAUGGCUCCUCUUACAUUGACUAAUUUAUUACCUCACGAAUUAUUAUUUGAAAUUGGUAUAGAAAAUGGGAGAAUUCUGCCUGGUGAUAGUGCAGAUUUGCAUUCUGUAAAUGUUGAAGAACAAUUAGAAAUUAUUAUACAGCUAGAUGGAUAUCCUGGAUCAGGAACAAUAUUAUUACCAUCAAAUACAAAUUCUUUCACUGCUCGUUUAAGAUUAACAGAUUCUUCUGGAAGAAUAUUAUAUCUUCAUGCAGCUGUUAAUAUAGAAAAAGGAUCUGCUGUACAGAUUAACAUUACUGCACCAUAUUGGAUCAUAAAUAAAACUGGUUUACCAUUGGUGUUCAGACAAGAAGGAGUUGGUAUAGAGGCAGCUGGACAAUUUGAAGAAAAUGAAAAAGCCAGAAUGGUAGCUCCUUUGUUAUUUUCUUUUAGUGAUGAAGAAGCCAGUAGAACUUUAUCAAUGAGAAUUGGUACUUCAGUGCAUCCUCAAGGAAUUCCACAAUGGUCUCAGCAUUUUCAUUUACAACCUGGAAUACAGGUACAUCGUCUUAGAAUAUCUUUACGUGAUGGUAGGCCCGACAUAGUAUAUCUGAUUAGCGUCGCUACCAGAAUAGCUAGAGGAAAAUACAGAGCCACAACUGUAGUCACAUUAUCUCCUAGAUAUCAGUUACAUAAUAAAUCGAGUUCUACUUUAGAAUUAGCCCAAAAAUGUUUCACCACAACAAUUAGUCAUCCAGAUGCUCAAGCAACAUAUAUUAAAAUCAUGCCUGACUGCCACAUGCCAUUUCAUUGGCCACGUCUUGACAAAGAUUUAUUGCUUUGUGUUCGCAUCAUGGAUGUUAAAGAUUGUAUAUGGUCAGGUGGUAUUAAAUUGGAUGAUAAUUAUUCAUUGACGAUUAAUAUCAGGGAUACGACGGGAAAAAUGUAUUUUCUUCGUGUAGACGUGGUUUUGCAAGAAAGUACCUACUUUAUAGUAUUCACUGAUGCAGAUACUAUGCCACCGCCUAUAAGAGUGGACAAUUUCUCAGAGGUGCCUUUAGUAGUGAAUCAGAUUACUGUACACGAUAAUUUGCAAUGGACAGUCAGACCACAUUCCUCUGUACCAUAUGCAUUAGACGAACCCAUACAAUCUGCUGGUUUGGUUCUAACUGCACCAGGAGGUGUGACAGCUACAUAUGAUUUAAAUAUACUUGGAGAGGGCAGAGUUCUGACUUAUGAAAAUUUUAUUUAUAUUGCUUUUACAGGAACCUUUAAAAAUGAUUGUGAUCUGGGAACAGGAGAAAGUGGUUUAGAUCCUUUGGAUGUUGAAACACAGAGAUUAGUUUUAGAAGCUGGUCCUGGUGGUUGGGUUGCUUUGCGCAGAAAACAAUAUGGAGCUAGAUCUCAAUUAUGGAGAAUGACUGGAGAUGGUCAAUUACAACAUGAGGGAUCUAGUCCACCUAGAGAUAAACAUUCAAAAGUUCCAGAGACAGUAUUAGUAUUAGAUAUAGCAGGCACAGCACCUCAACCAUUCACUUAUUGUGCUCUUGCCUUAAGAAAGCCUGAUCCCCGAAGGAGAUCUACACAAACUUGGCGAUUCACAGAUGAUGGACGAUUGUGUUGUGCACAUAAAAAUAUGUGUGUGCAAUCGAAAGAUGGAUUCAUGGGAUUACAUGAAGGCGGCAGUGUCGCCCGUUGGCAAAUGUGGAGUGAAGCAGUAUUAGGUCCUCAAACACAUACUAAUCCUCCUCCAAUUGAACAGCGUGUUGGUAGACAAAAACUGAGACCAGGAUCUGGAUUUUUGUCUGUUACGGUAACUACUGAUGGUCCAACAAGAGUGUUACAAGUGUUAGAUAUCAAAGAAAAGAAAAAAACAUUUGCUUUAUUAGAAGAACGUGAUUGGUCUCAUAUUGCAGUCAGUCACCGACCAACACAAAUAAAUAGUGAUGCAGAAAAAAUUAAUUCUAGAGAAUUGGAAUUAAAAAUUAGCUUAACAACUGGGUUAGGACUAUCAAUUGUUUCUCGAAGACCAGUUGAAGAAUUAUUGUUUAUUCGUAUGGCCGGUAUUUCUCUGGAAUUGGUUCAAACUCCUAUUAAUACCACUCUAGAUUUAAGCAUGAAGGAUAUACAAAUUGAUAAUCAACUCUUUGAAGCACAAUGUACUUCUGUUCUUUAUGUAACACGUCCAACUAGAGCUGAGAAUGAGCAUAGACCAGCUAUACACGUGGUUGCAGAAAAAUUAAAAUCGAAAAAUCAAAAUGCAGAAAUAUAUAAACAUGUUGUAGUGAGCAUUAAGCCAUUAUGUAUACAUUUAGAAGAGAAAUUAAUAUUGAAAUUGGUUGCCUUUGUCGGGGCAGGUAGAUCAGAAUUGGAAGUACCUAUGGAUGAGAAUGAUUUCAAAGCUCAGAGAUUUAUUUCCGAAGUAUCAGCUGCACAUGCUAAACGAUACUAUUUUGGCGCUUUAAAGAUUGUUCCUAGUCAGGUAAAAUUAAGUGUACUCACUACAACAAAACUACCACGACAUCUUCAAGCUAUAAAAAGACAAUUAGGUUUAACAUUAAUUAAAUUUGAAGAUGCUACUAUUGAACUGGAGCCAUUUAUUAAAAAACAUCCAUUUGAAAGCACUCAAUUCCUAGUACAUUCCAUUAUAAAACACUAUAAAGAUGAAUUAAAAUGGCAAGCUGCCGUGAUAUUAGGAUCGGUGGACUUUUUAGGUAAUCCUUUAGGUUUUGUGAAUGAUGUCACAGAAGGAGUCUCUGGUUUAAUCUAUGAAGGAAGUGUGAAGACUUUAGUAAAAAAUGUUACUCAUGGUAUAUCAAAUUCUGCUGCCAAAGUAACAGAGUCUCUUUCUGAUGGGUUAGGAAGAGUAAUAAUGGAUGAAAGACAUGAAGAAGCUAGACAAAGAAUUCGAGCCAAUACUGCAGGCAGUAGUGAUCAUUUAGUAGCUGGAUUAAAAGGCUUUGGCUUUGGAUUACUUGGAGGAGUAACUAGCAUCUUUAAACAAACAUAUGAUGGAGCAACAAAUGAAGGAUUUCCUGGUUUUUUUGCUGGAUUUGGUAAAGGAGUUGUCGGAACUAUUACGAAACCUGUUGUAGGAGUUCUAGAUCUUGCCACUGAAACUGCUACUGCUGUAAGAGAAACAAGUAGAAGUGCUCAUCGUACAAUACCAAAACGCGAUAGACCUCCUCGUGUGGCAAGUGGUUCUGCUGGUCUAUUACCACCUUAUAAUCGCCAACAAGCAGAGGGCCAAGAAUUUCUUUAUAUAAUAAAUGAACAUAAUUAUUCAGAAUUAUUUGUGGCAUAUGAGUGUUUACGUAGUGGAACGGAGAAUCUAAGAAUUCUUGUUUCUAAUGAAAGAGUUCGAGUGAUUUCCGGAGGUACCAAAGGAGUUGUAACCGAAGUCAGUCUAGCGGACUUAUUAUAUUGUCAACCAAUGCAUAAGCUAGAAAGUAAUGGUGUUACUUUAUACUAUAUUGAAUUAAUAUCUAGAUCAGAUUCAACGAUAACCGUUAACAUGGACGGUCCAGAACUUCUAAGAAGACCUAAAGUUCGAUGUGACAAUGAAGAAGUAGCCAAAAGAGUAUCGCAGCAAAUUAAUUACGCUAAAGGAAUGCACGAGGAACGUAGCUUGACUCUUUCUUCUUCGGAUAAUAUGUUAGAUGAUGUACAGUACUAUAAGUAGUUACAAACAAUCAUAUAUGAAAAUUUAUUUUGUAUUUGACAAAAGUUUGGAAUCACUAUGUUUUUACAAAAAAUUUUUAUGGGAAAUUAAUGCAUUAAAAUAUUUUCAUUUCAAUGUUAAUUCCGAAGUAAUUAAAAAGAAAUAAGUGAUCCAAAUUUUUGGCUAAUAAUGUAUAUUUUGUAUGUUAAUUUAUUUUUUGAUUUUCUUGUAUAUUUCUUGCUUUUUUUUUUUAUUCUUUUUCAAUAACACAUGUAAUAAUGCCUUAUUACGCUUAAAACUAAUUUGAUAAUAAGACUGAUGCAAAACACCAUUUCUGCAAAAAAAUUCGAAUAUAAAGGCAAUCAGACAAUAUUCUUUAAAAAAAAAAAAAUAUUAAGUUGUCGCACAGAUAGCACAUACAUGUACAACACAUUUUGUAUAUUAACGUACAAGUAAAAUCAAGCAGAAAUUCUGAAAAAAAAAAAA